CCUGCGUUACUAGGGAAGGAAUUGAUGCUCUCCAACACCCUCUUAGCUGUCUGUAACUGCGCCUGUGCAAAAUAAACUUUGCUUACGUGUAGGCGCAACUUCGAUUGAUCUAUUGCUGAGUUUUUUGAUGCCGAAUUACGUGGAUUUAAGGACCUGAUCUGUCAAGAUGAGUGUGGAAGUGGAGAGAAAGUUUUUAUGCAAUGCUGACACCCUGAAAACACUGGAGGAGAUUGGGGCAGUAUGUGUUGGUCAGCAGCAAAUUCAUGACCAGUAUUUUGACACCCCCCAGUUUGACCUCACUUUGAGAAACAUGUGGCUGCGUAAACGUAAAGGAUGCUGGGAACUCAAGUGUCCACCAGCAGCAGUCAGUGGGACAGAAGAAAAGGGUGGAGAACAAAGUGGAGCGGCAGCAAUGUGCACUUGCUACAAGGAGAUAACCAGCCUGCCUGAAAUUCAGCUGAGAGUGACGGAGGUCAUCAGAAACCUUUGUGAGAACAGAGACACAGAAACAGGCUUCUCAUACCAGGAUGAGUCUUGGCUGAGCAAAAUGAAUCUGGUGUGCUUUGCGGAGUUUACAACAGUGCGGCAGUCAUUCAAUUUAGAGGAAGAGGGGGUGAAGAUAGAUCUGGACCAAGCUGACUUUGGUUACCAUGUGGGAGAGGUAGAGAUGGUCAUACCAGAAGGAGGAGAUGUGCAGGCUGCUCUGGAGAGGAUUGACAGAACAGCAGGAAAGCUAGGUCUGACUGGAGAUCAACGAGUUGAAGGAAAAAUGAGUGUUUACCUUAAAAAAAAUCAUCCUGAGCACUACACAAAACUACUAAGUGUGCAUGUUUUGUAAGAGAUCAGUGACAGUUUUUAACAUGUGCAAAGUCAUAUCUGUAAACUGAUUAUUCAUAAGAAAACCUAAUGACAAAUGUGCUUGAAACUGUAAACAUACUCAAGGUGGACAUGAAUUUCUCAGUACAUUUCCUGUAUUUUAAUCUUUGGAAAGCAGCAACAGACCCUUGAUUUGUUGAUAUGCUGUUUGUUCUAUGGCUGUUUCCCUCUCUAAGUGAAGUUUUUUGUCCUGUGUACCCCAAGAACAGCCAUGUUUUUAUCUGCUUAUUACAUGGAGCUUGUGAGAGUAUCUGUAUAUACUGGAAAUAAAUGGGGUGACAUACUCUCCAUUCACCAUUAAUAUUGAUUGUUAUGUACUCUGUUGUGUUAAAAAGACAGAUGAUUAGAUGAUGAUGGUGAUGAAUAUAUUAGACACUACCAUGAUAAAGAGCUGGUGACUGUUUUAUCUGCAGCACCAUAUGAAGGUGUUUUCCUGUCAGAAGUUACUGCUUGAUAUGCUGAAAUCAGCAGCUGGGGGUUUCUUGUCAUCUUUGAGCAUAUGAUUCAAACUUGCUGCUAAUUUCCAGAUUUAAAGAUCUUUACAUCCAUCUUGAUGUUUCAAUAAUUUGAACUAUGAAAUGGGUUUAGAUGUGAUAAUAUGUCCUCUUCAUGUACAUGUAUGAAAAAUAAAAUAACAUG